AUGAGCACUUCCAAAAAAUCCUUUGUGAAAUGUAAAUUUUAGUUACUUAUUUAAAAGUACUUAAGUCAAUUGAUUUGUUUGGAUAGAAUAUUCUUCUCAAUCUCAAUGGAGAAGAUUAAUAUAAAACAGGAUGUGGAGGUUUAAUGACUUUAGUGAUAUUGGUAAUCGUUGUGUUAUUCUUUUAAUCCAACUUAAAAGAUUUCAUCAACAAAGUAAACAUUCAAAGUGAGAGUAAUCAAGUCUUUGAAGAUGAGCCAGAUUAAAUAUAUUUAAAUGAUACUAACUUUAUGUUUGCAGUAGCUAUUGAAUAAGCAAAUUUCAAUUCCAAUCCUUUUUUCAAUAUCACAAUGGUAUCAAGGUAUCUUAAUUUAUAAUUUAGACAAUACGAACGAUUGGGUAAUGGAUCACUUUCUAAGUAGGAAACCUUAAUUGAUCUUGUUCCAUGUUCUGUUUAAAGAUUUCAAGAGAUCUUUAAUCCUUUUGGACAAAAUUUUACAUAACAAUAUAAUGAGAUUGGUUUCGAUACUUGGUUAUGUCCAUAGUAUUUAAUAACAUUAUUAUUAUUAUUAGAAUGAACUAUUCAUUUUCACUAAAAGGAAGGUAUUCAAAUAAAUUUUUUGAUUUUGUAAAAAUAACUGUUAGUCAAUGUAGUAACAAAUCUAUGACAAAUUCUUUUUAUUCUUGGUAACCUAUUUGUGCAUCAAAUGAAGAAAUUGAGUAAUGGCUUAUGUAAUAAAGAUAAUAUAGAAUUAAAAUGUAUUAAGUCAAAUUUAUUUAGAUUUAUUACAAAUCAAAUGAUUAGACCUUUAAAAGGGGAUGAUUAUGUUCAAUCAUUUAUGGAUGAUGAAUUAUUUUUCUCUUUUAUUCCUAGAGUAGUAGGAAAGGAAGCUGAUAUAUUCUUUACUAAAUAUCUUAUGAAAACUGAUAAUAAUUUAUUACCAACUGGAGAUGCUUUUGAUACAAAAGAAUUAUUUGCCAAAGAAUCUGGAGAUUAUAGAGAUUAAAAUAGUUAUGCAAGUGAAACAUAUGCAUCUAUCUAUCUUAGAAGAUCACCUUAUACAACAUAUAUUUAGAGAUCAUAUUAAAAAUUAGAUAAACUCCUUUCAAUUUUAGGAGGAUUUGCUAAUAUUGUUUUUGUUGUUUUAGGAUUUUUUGUAGCCAUAUAUAAUAAAUAAUUAUGUAAAAUAAAUUUAUAUAAUUUAUAUUAGAUUUAAUUGAAUUGGCCAAUUAAAUUUAUGACUUUAAUUCUAAAUAAGAAAAUUAAGAGAAAUAUGAAAGACAAAGAUUGGUUUAAGAUAUUACUUAAUUGAAAUCUCAACCUAUGGUUUUGAAUAGAUGUAGUCCUAUUUCAUCUAUCAAUCCAGCAUAAGCUUCAUUAGGUAAGAAUUUGAAAAUGUCCUUUCGAUAAACUUUCUCAUAAAAAUUAGAUUAUAUUUCUGGAAUUCAAACUCAUAAAGAUGAAUCAUAUAAAAUGGUAUUAAGUAGUCAUCGAUAACCUAUUGGAGAUAAGGAAGUUGAAUGGUAAAGUGCAGAUGCUAUUGAUAUAUAAAAUAAUCAUUUAAUAGAUGUAUCUGAAAUUGUAAAAGAGAAUGCAAUGUAAUAUUAAGAACCAAAAGAUAAGACUGAUAUAUCAAAGAAAAAAUCUAUCAAAUAAAUUCAAUAAAGUAUAAUUAGUAAAUUAGGUCAUCGUAAUAGAAAAGAAUAUUUGACUAAGUAAAUUUAAGUUAUGCUUGAUCGAAGUAGACCUAUUGUUUUUACUUUUAAAUUUUUAUUACAUUAAAUAUUUUGUGGCAAAUUCUUUCAGGAUCACAAUUCAAUUUUAUUAAAUAAGGCUAUGUAUGAAAUUUAAUUAAAAAUAGUAAUAAAAUUAAUUCAGAUAUAGACAUUUGUGUAUUGAUUGAUAAAGUAAAGGAAAUUGAAUUAAUUAAAGAAUUAUUAUUAAAUAAAGAUCAAAAGAUAUUGUUUAAUUUUGCUCCAAAAGAAGUUAUCUCUAUUGAAAAUGAUAGAUAAUAAUCUGGAAGAAGAGAGAAUAAGUAUUUAAUUAAAUUAACAUAGACGACAAUAUACAAAAACACUUGGAGUUUAAUUUGAAGAUGUGGCCAAAAUGAUGUUAGAUAAAAAGUUUAAAAAAGGUUAAUUUGUCACUCCUGGAAUGCAAAUCUAUUAUAAACUAUAUUCAGCAUAUGAAAGGGUAGCAUUAUCAGAUGAAAAAAAUAAUCCAUUUAACAAAGUUUUGAUUGAGAAACUAGGUUAAGAAGUUAAAGAUGUAUUUGACAUUUCCAAUUACAUUCAAGGAGAUUAAAAUACUAGAUUUAUUGAUAAACUUAAAAAGAAGUAAAUAAACUAAUAAGAAGAAGAAUAACCAAUUGGAAUAAUAAGUAUGGAAUACAGAGAUUAGAAUUAAUCUAUGAUUAAAUGA